CACUCCAUUCACACGUGUCAUCCCCUAAUUGGACAAUACACAAAUUUCCACGUAACAUGCACUACCCUCCAGAAUUGGAUGCUCUCCUCUUCGUGUCUCGUUUUUAAACAAUGACGUCUCCCCUCCCUGGGUCUCCUUCCGCCGCCGUGGACACAGCAAAACCCCCCACCAACUCUCUCUCUUUCUCUAUCUCUUUCAGUACAUCAGAGUUUGAGAGUAAAAUAUAAAAAUAAUGGGAAUAAAGGAAAACUACUCACCAUCAGCAGUGAAAAGGGUGAUUGGAUGGGUGAGGGGGCAAUCGAAGAAGGUGAAGGUGUAUCUUGGAGUCAUGUUGACUCUGAUUUCACUGGCGGCCAUGGUUGUGUUGGGGAGAUAUGGAUGGCUUGUAUUUGUCGGAGCUGCGGCUGUACAUGCUGUUGGGAUCUUGGUUCUGACUUACAAGCUUACCAUGUACAAGUCCUGCUCUGGUCUUUCGUUGAAAAGCCAAGAACUCACAGCGAUAUUCUUAACUGCAAGAUUGGUCUGUAAUUUCUCGAUUGGGCCCAACAUACAUACAGGACUUGAUAUUGCCUCCUUAUUAUCAACUGCCUGGGUUAUAUACAUGAUAAGGUUCAGGUUGAAGGCAACCUACAUGAAGAAGCAGGACACCAUUGCCAUAUAUUAUACGGUAGUGCCCUCAAUUAUCCUUGCAAUUCUUAUCCAUCCUCACGCAUUCCGUUCCAAUUUCAAACAAAUUCUUUGGGCAUUUAGUGUAUACUUGGAGGCUGUAUCAGUGCUGCCACAGCUUCGUAUGAUACAGAAUGCAAAGAUGAUUGAACCAUUUACAGCACAUUAUGUCUUUGCCUUGGGUAUUUCAAGAUUAUUGUCUUGUGCUGAUUGGAUCUACCAGAUUUAUCUUACUCGUGGGAGAUAUUUUUUCUUGAUCGGAUACGGAAAGUUUUGGUUCCCCAUGGCCAUUCUCUCAGAAUUUAUCCAAACAUUCAUUUUGGCAGAUUUCUGUUACUAUUACACCAAGAGUUUCAUGGAGGGCCAAACUGUGAUGAGGAUGCCUGUUUAAAAAAAAUAAAAAACAUAUACUAAUGUGGGACAUGUAGAGGGUUAAAUUUAUCCCGUUGGUUUUACUUGUACUGGAUUCUUAAGUCAAAUCUUAUGUUGGCAUGAAGAAGUUUGGAAUCUUCUUUGCUGUGGAAUAUUUCCCCCUUUCCCAUAUAUUUAGUUUCAUAAUAAAGUACAAGAAUACUGAAGUAGGAAGCAUGAUUUCUGAAGAGAAAUGAAAGAAAUUAAAGUGGCAAGAAACAAA